AUGUCUCAAUUUAAAUUACGCACAUUCGCGUUAGUUGUUUUUUGGGGGUCCGUGUUCGACACAAGACUUCGUCACUUGGAAAGCUCCGAACGAGAACCAGCACAGCCGUUUGCGGAUAAUAGCCCGGUGACAGAUGGCACCCCUACCGAUAUGAAAGCUAUGGUCAUAGCAAACUACCUGGAAGAUCUCGGACCACUGAAGAGGUCCCUUAGCCAUUCCACCCUGGUCACUGCCUGUCAGCUCGCUCUUGAGGGCCGUGGUCCUCUAGAUCUUAAAGACUAG